UUCUUUCUUCUCGCCCUAGAUCUACCGUACUCCUGUUUCGUACCUACCAAAGCCGUUACGAUGACAACGACACGCGUGAUACUGAACUUCCCUUGGACUAGCAGCGAAAAGCUGAAGGGUGACUUCUUCCAGGACACCGGUGUUACCGAUGCGGUCAUGAAGAUCGCCCGCAAGGAACUGCGGGAAGACAAAACGAUCCGGGAACAGUCGCUCGAACAGCUGCGCGAAUGGCUGCACAAGAACGGCGAUGUGGAGAACGUGCGGACGGACGACCUGUUCCUGUUGCGGUUCCUGCGCACGAAAAAGUUCAGCGUACCGAUGGCGCAGCAGAUGAUACUGAAGUAUCUGAACUUUCGCAAAGUGUUCACCCAUCUGAUCCACACGCUCGACUUCAUGUCGCCCAGUGUGCUGAAGCUGCUGAACGGUGGUUACAUCUUCCCGUCGCCCAUACGGGACAAGCACGGACGCAGAGUUAUUGUUGGGUUUGCUAAUCACUUCAAUCCGGCCGAACACAACAGCUCCGACAUGGCACGGUUGCACUUCAUCACGUACGAAACGUUGAUGGAAGAUCCGGAGAAUCAGAUCUGCGGUCUGGUGCACAUCGGUGACUUCAAGGGCAUCUCGACCGCGCACGUCGCCUGCUGGAAUCCGACCGACUUUCUGCGCAUCAUGAAGUGGGGCGAACAGUCGAUCCCGAUGCGAAACAAGGAGGUCCAUCUGGUAAACGUCCCGUCCACGGUGAAGUACAUCAUCGAGGCGGGCAAGUCGAUGGUUAGCAAAAAGAUGAAGGAACGACUGCAGGUCCACGUCACCGUGCCGGAUCUCUGCCGUAAGGUUGACCCGGCCUGUCUACCGAAAGAGCUGGGCGGUACGAUGCCGAUGGCGGAGAUGAUCGAGCUCUGGAAGAUGGAGCUAGCGGCGAAGCGGAACCUUGUCCUCUCCUCGGCCAAUAUGCGAAUCCUCACCGAUCGGGGUAUCGUCUCGCGGAACGGUACGGAUCGGAACAACAACAACGCCAACAGCAAUUCGCUCGGCAUGGAAACGAUCACCGGUAGCUUCCGUAAGCUGGAAGUGGACUAG